AUGCUGGACUUGGAAAGAGCAUUCGACAGUGCUUCACGGGAGAAAUUGUUCAGCCAACUUCACAAACUUCAUAUCCGGCCUGCUGUCAUUCAACUGUUGACACACUGGCAUAUCAACACACAGUAUCAUUUCCAGCAUGGCUGUGACACAGUAGCCUUGCCUACCGGUGCUGGAUUGCGGCAGGGAUGCAAGGCUGCUCCAGGACUUUGGAGUUUCCUUCUGAUCCUGUACUUGCAACAAGUAACCCAGCAAAUCCCCAUUGCAUGGUUACGUCAUCACCUCAAUAUUUACGCCGACGACUACCAGGUCGGAGGCAUUUUCUAUUCAGUUGAUGAUUUGCGGUUGCUGUUGAAAGCAUUUGGCAUCCUGUUGCAAACACUGCAUGAUUUUUCCUUGCGUAUCAACCCCAAGAAGUCAGCUGCACUCCUGACCAUUGCGGGCACGUCCCAUAGACAUCAGAGAGCGCAAUUUGUGACCACCAAGAACAAAAGUGAACAGCUGCGCAUUCCACUGCCUAAUGGAGACGAGAUCCAGAUUCCUGCACAACCCACUGUAGCCUGUGAUCAUGCCUUUCGUACUGGACACAGCAAUCAACAGGCACUGUCAUUAGCCGGCCUUCCCACGCCAUUGCAGCUCUUGAGAGCUGCUGCCAAGCAGCUUUUGCGGUCAAUCACUCAACGCAUGUCCCUGUUGCAUGCUGAUGAUCUUGCUCUGCAACUGCCUUGGAGCCACCUUGAAGAUCUUGUGAAUACCUUGGACAGCACUCAGGACCUGUGUCCACGGCUUGUCGAGCCUGCCGUGUCACGUGUUGCACCCAGUGUCCUGUACACUGGCCCCUGCGCCAUUGAGCCGACCACGGUGCAGGGAGUGCAAGCAUAUAUGACUGGCACUGCACUUGCGGCUGGUGAGUUUGCGGUCCGACACUCAACCAUGAUUCCUGAGACGGAGCUGAGUAACCUGAGGGGGACCCCUUUUGGUCUAGCACUCUGCCAGAUCCUUGAACAAUGGGAUUGGGAUAGACUUGCAGAACUGCCAGAAGCAUGUCAGUAUCUUGCCAAACGGUGCAUUUUGUGUGGCCUUCACUACAACCGUGUACAGGAACUCAAUGCCCAUUACAGAACCAUGCAUGGCCAGUACUGGGAAGGGGUUCCUCAACGUGCAGUUUACAUGUCGAACACUUGGGCCACUGAACGCCCAUGCCCUUUUUGCGGUGCAUUGUUCAAGUCACACCUUUGCCCGGUGUGGGUGCAGGUAGCAGUGCUUCUCCUGUACGGAGUUGGAGUACCACAUGACACUCCUGACAACGUUGAGGCACCAUCUCCCAAUUUGCGCUGUGAAGUCUGCCUCGACCAAUUUGAAGACCUUGCAUCACUGACAGAGCACUUGAGAAAUGCUCAUGCGUUGCAGGGGAUGACAUUCAAUGUGGCCAGAGACAGCGUAGCUGGCAGCCCAGCUUGCGCGCACUGUGGGGCUUUGCACGACACAUCAACCAGGGCAGAUGUUUGGAAUUUCGAGCUGAUGCAACGGCCGAGACAUUGCCGAUGCAUGACGACUGGUUGCAGGCCUGCCUGGGGGGAAAAAUGA